AUGAAAGGCGGACACGCGGGAAAAGUGUUUGAGGAGAAGAGCCAAAACGAUUCAAACAAUGUGCACUUGGCACAUUGCGUCGGAGAGAAAACGUUUUCCUUUUUUAUUCGGAAUGGCCGGUCGAAUUCGUCGUCGUCGUCGUCGUCGCCGUGGAAAACGGGCGGCUCGGUUCGUCUCUUUUGCACUUGCGACGCCGACGAUGCGUGCAUAAUCCCCACGGCGGCUCAAGGUGACGCCGCCCUACUCGGCUCCUGCCGACGUCUCUUUUCUUCGAUGGCACUCUUUGUUUCGCAUGUUUGGGUCGCAAUUUAG